AUGUCGCACGAAGUACGGGUGGCAAUCUACGCAGACGACAUCGCCCUCUUUGCGACUGGCCCUACUCAAGUCGGCUAUCAGGUGCGUGCAUCUGUCCAGACUGCAAAUGACGCGGUGGACCAGUACAUGGGAAGCAUCGGCCUCCAGCUGUCGGCGACCAAAACAGAGGCACUACUGGUACACCCGCGAGGAACGCGAGCACGUUCCGAAGCGCCACCGCUGACUCUGCGCCGCUGCCCUCUCCCGUGGCGCAAGAGCGUCCGUUACCUCGGCCUGCAGAUCGACUGCCGCGUCAACUUCAAUGCGGCCGUCUCCCACAUCUGCAUGCAAUCAAGGAAAGUCGCCAGCGCCGCGCGCUCUCUUCUCGCGCGUGGACACGGAUGCACGCCGCAACUCGCACUGCGCGUGUACAACUCUGUCGCCACAUCGAGGGCACUCUACGCCCUCCCCACCACCAACGCUCGAGCGGCGAAUUGGAAUGCUAUUGACAUGGCGCACCGUACUGCGGUGCGAGAACUAUACGGCCUCCCUCGCUCCUCCCAAGUAGGGGCGACACUCGCGGAAGUGGGCAAGCAUCGCUUCGUGCACGGAACCAGGCGCUCCACCACAUUGAGCGCCUGCAGCGCUCACCACAGGGCCAGCGGCUCGUCUGCAGACUCCACUCCCUGCCGAACUCGGGAAUGGGCAAGUGCGACACCGAGUUCUCACAGCUCAUCGGGUCGUCGCCACAGUUCGCCUCCCUGCCGUACGUACUACUCCAGUCUGCUCGACGUGAACAUCGCGGUGCCUGAGGUCGCAUCAAAGCGCCGAACUGCGGUGUGCGCCAUGAGACAGGAGACCGCCUCCCUACUGCACGAGCGACUGGCAGGACGACUGCUCGUCUACACCGAUGACUCGGCGACGCCGGACGGGCCUGGUGCUGCGGCUUGCACGGCACCGGACAUCUCGAAAACGCGCCAGUGCCGACUGCGCUUUGCCGCGUCAUCGACAGUGGCCGAACUCGCCGCCAUCGAUCUCGCUGCCGACAUCCUUUUGGAACAUCCGAACAUUGUGUCAGCGGCCAUUCUCACUGACUCUCGUGCGGCGCUUUGCAUGCUGGCCAGGGACUACGCCGGAGUGCCCCUUGUUGUUCGAGUUGGCUGCAAGCUGCGACACAUCGUGAAUCAAGGCUGCGUCCUGGCGCUUCAAUGGAUACCCGCACACAUCGGAUUGCCAGGCAACGAGGAGGCUGACUCCCUCGCCAAGGCGGCGCACGGUGAGCGCUUUCCCCUCACCCACUUGGUGACGAGCUUCGACGCGGCCAAGACAGUGGUUAUGCGGAGCCUCACUGCGCAACACCCUGAUCGGCGCGUCGCGGCGGGAACGCCCCCGCGCCUGCUCCCGCGUGUGGGCCUCUCUCGGGCUGACUGCGCCUUCCUUCCCCGCCUGCGCAUCGGCUGCUACAAAACAGCGGCGCGCACACACAGUCUCACGAGAACAGGCAGCCCCGUGUGUGGUAGCUGCGACGGCGUGGAGACACUGGAGCAUCUUCUACGUCACUGCCCGGCCUUUGGGACCGAGAGGGAGGCUCUGUACGCCUCCUACCGCCGAUGUGGCUUGCCAUCCACCACCCUGCAGUGCCUACUCGUCCCCAAUGCUCACAGCUCCAUUACCAAGCGUGCAUUUUCGGCAUUAAUGGAAUUCUGUGAAGCAACACACCUCAGAGCGCGGCUGUAG